UUGAGUCGUUCCGCUGAUGAUGAUGACGUUGAUGAUGACGUUGAUGAUUAUAUGAAUAUAAAUUAUUUCGUGUUUAACAUGAGUCGAUGACGUUUAUCUGUCAACACAAACAUCAGACACUUUAUUAUAACAUCUGUGAAUGAAACACGAUUCGGUUCUUUUGAGUUUUUCACGAACUUUGAUGAACUUCAGCCGAAACAAUGGAGUCAUUUAAAGGGACCGCAGCAUCACGGUUCCCAUAAGUGUUGAAGUCGAGAUGUGCAUACAAAGAUACUACCGCAAUCUAUGAGGAAAGUGUGUGUUAAAGAGGAGAACAUGAGCGAACCAGAACCCUUCAGAAUAAAAUGUGAAGACACCGAGGAACAGAGAGACCUGCUGGAGUUGAACGAGGACAAUGCAGAACUGGAUGAAGCGGAGGAGAAACUUCAUUUUCAUUCAUUUAUUUUCUCUCAGCAUAUAAAUGAUUCCUCGCAAAACACGACUCAGAGUACGGAAGGCAAAACGCACACGUGUGGUCACUGCGGGAAGAGUUUCAAAGCUAAACAUCAUCUUACGCGACACGCGAGUAUUCACACCGGAGUGAAACCGCACGCGUGCCCUCAGUGCGGACGCACGUUCGCUCGCACCGAAAGCCUCAUGAGACAUCUAGCGACCCACGGAGGCCAGAAGCCGCACGCGUGCCACCAAUGCGGGAAGAGUUUCACGCGUCCUGAAAACCUCAAGAGACAUGCGCUGCUCCACGCCGAGAAGAAACCUCACGACGAAGUGACGACGCAAGCGUGCCCCGAGUGUGGAAAGCGAUUCAAACAUCCCCAAAACCUGAAGAGACAUCUGAGGAUCCACAGCGGCCUGAGACCGCACACGUGUCACGAGUGUGGAAAGAAGUUCAUGGACACGGAGAAGCUGAAGGUUCACACGAGGGUCCACACCAGAGAGAAACCCUUCGUGUGUUCCCACUGCGGACGGAGGUUCAUGCAUGCCAGCAGUCUCAAAGAUCACCUGAACUCGCACUCGGCAGAAAACCCGUUUACCUGCGAGGAAUGCGGCAAAUGUUUCGUUUCGGCGUCAGGGUUGAAGCGACACCUGCAGAUUCACGCCGACGAGAAGCCUUACGUGUGCUUGGCGUGUGGAAAGAGUUUCGCGCGGCUGGACUGUUUACAGAAGCAUCAGGACAGACACACCGGCGUCAAAGCUCACGUGUGUUUCCACUGCGGGAAAGGGUUCACCACCGUCAGUCAACUGAAAGACCACGAGAAGAUUCACAGCGCAGAGAGACCGUACAAGUGUUCACAGUGCGACGGGACAUUCGCUCGGACCACGACCCUGAAAACGCACGAGAAAGUACACGCUCGAAACAAACCCUUUCACUGCUCUACGUGUGGGAGGGGCUUCAAUAAAUCAAGAAAUCUACUGAAACAUGUGAGAAAGCGUCACAGUUGAGCGUCUUCGUCAAAUGUGGGAUUUUCUUGUCAUUCUUGCAUUAAUGAUAUUUAUUUGUUGUAGAAUUAAAGGCACUGAUGUGUAGUGUCUUGUU